ACCUACGCGUGUUUUGCAUCAACUGACAGAGACAGCAACAUCAGUGGGAAAACAAUGUCAACAAAUGCAAUGAUUGACUUGGCGCUGGAUCGCGUCAACUGGAAUGAUUUGGCCGGCAACCAGGAGAAGCUGCCUCGCAUAUUUACGCCCGGCGAAGUGCUAAUGCCAGAGUCGGGCUUUAUGCGUGGACACGGUACAUUCGUGGAGGAUGAGAACAUUGUCGCAUCGGUGGCCGGUGUCAUUGAAAAAGUGAAUAAAUUGAUUUCGGUAAGGCCUCUAAAGAGUCGCUAUGUGGGUGAGAUUGGCGACGUCGUCGUGGCCCGCGUGCUGGACGUAGGACAGAAACGUUGGCGCGUGGACACUAAUUCACGACUGGAUUCAACGCUGCUGCUGUCGUCAGUGAAUCUGCCAGGCGGAGAGCUGCGACGACGCUCAGCGGAAGAUGAGCAGAUGAUGCGACGCUAUCUGGAUGAAGGUGACUUGAUAUCGGCCGAAGUGCAGAACAUCUUUGAGGAGGGCACAUUGUCGCUCUACACGCGCAGUUUGAAAUAUGGCAAGCUGUCCCAGGGUAUUCUGGUCAAAGUGUUCCCGGCACUGGUCAAGCGACGCAAGAUGCAUUUCCACAAGUUGGCAUGCGGUGCUUCAGUAAUAUUAGGCAACAAUGGCUACAUUUGGAUAGCGCCCACCAAAAGCGAAGAGCAGGAAGGCGGCGAGGGAGGCUUCGCUCAGAACUUAAAUGAAGUGGUGCCGCGCAGCGAACGUGAAGUCAUCGCCCGGCUGCGCAACUGCAUCCUAGCACUGGCCAAAUGCAAACUGAUGCUGUACGACACGAGUAUACAAUAUGCCUAUGAGGAGUCGCUUAAAUAUGAACCGCGAGAGCUGCUGCAGCAACAUAUUAUGUUCGAUAUUGGUCAACAGACGCAAGCUCGCCUGCGAGAUAUUGAUCUUAUGGACUGAUUAAUACAAUUAAUAAAGUACUCGUAUCUUAUUU